GGCACGCACACCCACCCCAAGCUCCAGGCUCCGCAAGCGUCUCCUCUGUUGGCCCCAAAGCCUACCCUGCCCCACCUUGCAGAGCAGAGAAGGAAAGGGAGCCCCAUGCCUGAGCCCAGGGGAGCGUCAUGGAUCUGACAAAGAUGGGCAUGAUCCAGCUGCAGAACCCCAGCCACCCUACGGGGCUGCUGUGCAAGGCCAAUCAGAUGCGACUGGCCGGAACUUUGUGUGAUGUGGUCAUUAUGGUGGACAGCCAGGAGUUCCAUGCCCACCGGACGGUGCUAGCCUGCACCAGCAAGAUGUUUGAGAUCCUCUUCCACCGGAACAGCCAGCACUAUACUCUGGACUUCCUCUCGCCAAAAACCUUCCAGCAGAUCCUGGAGUAUGCUUACACGGCCACACUGCAAGCCAAGGCAGAGGACCUGGAUGACCUGCUGUACGCGGCUGAGAUCCUGGAGAUCGAGUACCUGGAGGAGCAGUGCCUGAAGAUCCUGGAAACCAUCCAGGCAUCUGAUGACAACGACACAGAGGCCACCAUGGCUGAUGGUGGGGGUGAAGAAGAAGAGGACCGCAAGACUCGAUACCUCAAGAACAUCUUUGUUUCAAAGCAUUCCAGCGAGGAGAGCGGCUAUACCAGUGUGGCUGGACAGAGCCUCCCUGGGCCCAUGGUGGACCAGAGCCCCUCGGUCUCCACCUCUUUUGGUCUCUCAGCCAUGAGUCCUACCAAGGCAGCAGUGGACAGUUUGAUGACCAUAGGACAGUCACUCCUGCAAGGAACUCUUCAGCCACCUGCAGGGCCUGAGGAGCCCACACUGGCAGGGGGCGGGCGGCACCCUGGGGUGGCUGAAGUAAAGAUGGAAAUGAUGCAGGUAGAUGAAGCCCCUGGCCAGGACAGCCCUGGGGCAGCUGAGUCUAGCAUCUCAGGAGGGAUGGGGGACAGGCUUGAAGAGAAGAGCAAAGAGGGACCUGGGACCCCGACUAGGGGCAGUGUCAUCACCAGUGCCAGGGAGCUCCAUUAUGGGAGAGAGGAGAGUGGGGAGCAGCUCUCGCCUCCUGUUGAAGCUGGCCAGGGACCCCUUGGGCGACAGGAGGCCCUGGCACCCCCAGUGGAGAAGCAUUUGGGCAUCUACUCAGUGUUGCCCAACCACAAGGCCGACGCUGUGUUGAGCAUGCCAUCUUCGGUGACAUCUGGUCUCCACGUGCAACCUGCCCUGGCAGUCUCUAUGGACUUCAGCACCUAUGGGGGUCUGCUUCCUCAGGGUUUCAUCCAGAGAGAGCUGUUCAGCAAGCUGGGUGAGCUGGCCGUGGGCAUGAAAGCUGAGAGUCGUCCUCUGGGGGAGCAGUGCAGCGUGUGUGGGGUUGAGCUUCCGGACAACGAGGCCGUGGAGCAGCACAGGAAGCUGCACAGUGGGAUGAAGACAUACGGGUGUGAACUCUGCGGAAAGCGGUUUCUGGACAGUUUGCGGCUGAGAAUGCAUUUACUGGCUCAUUCAGCGGGUGCCAAAGCCUUUGUGUGUGAUCAGUGUGGUGCCCAGUUCUCAAAGGAGGAUGCCCUGGAGACACACAGACAGACCCAUACUGCUGGGGAGUUUCACAGGCUUCUGUUUAAGAAGGCAGGCUUGCUGCAGCAUGGGUCUGCCCUGCCUACAGGGGCAGAACAGAAGGUGGGGGAUACUGAUGAACAGGCUGUGACCAACGAAGCCUUCCUCAUGCCCAACAUCACAGGAGCCCAGCCAACAGGAAACGUUCCCCAUUCUCCCCGGGAGGCCGCCAGCCUGCUGUCUGAGAGGGGUGGGGCCAGUGCCCUCAAGAAGUGUGCCUCCUUCUGGCAGCGUCUCCGCCCCCUCCCACCCCCUUGUCCAAAGGCCUCAUGCAGAAGGGAGCCAUAUGGCCCUUUGUGGACACAUUUUCCCUGGUACAGUAUCUUCCUGGUGUGA